AUGGCCUCCCAGCUGUCGCUCCAGAUCAAGUGCACAACAUGCCUGUGUGAUAACGAGGAUCCUGUGACCCUACAUUGUGAGCAUGCCUUUUGCCACCAAUGCAUCAUGGGCCAUCUGGGGGCCAGCCUGGGCCCAAGCUCCUGCCCAGAGUGCCACAUGCUUUACGACGCGACCGACCUGCGACCCAACUGCCUACUGAAGACUGUGACCGGUGUGCUGCCAGAGCACCUCACCACCCAGAAUGAACCCCAGGCGAGUGCUUCACCUACAGACGGGCCAGGAGCUUUGACUGACACCCUGGUGUGCGCUGAACAUGAUGAGAAGCUAAAGCUGUGUUUUGAAACAGACCAAAAGCUUGUAUGUGGUGCUGAUGGGUGCCAUGGGUUUACUGGCAAAGAGAACAGGCAGAUAGCUGACAUGGUCCAAAAACAGGUGUCUGAGAUCAGUAAAACUGAGAUGAAAUCCAAGCACCUAUCAGCCCAGAUCUCAGCGCAGUUCGAAAGGAUGCCCAUAUUGACUUCAUUUAUGAUGGGAAUUAUCGAACCAAUUCCUGAGAAUCUGAACAUAAAGGACCCCAUAGACUCCUACCUGAAGGUGUCAACAGGAGACCCAUUUAUUCAGCAAACUGACAGACGGUCCACUUAUUACAAGGACUACAGCCCUGGGGUUGACUCUGUGGAGACCUUCCGCAAAGGCCAGCACUACUGGGAAGUGGAGGUUGGGAAGAAGUUAGACUGGAGUGUAGGAGUUAAGGAGCCAAAGGCAACAGCGCCGAAAGACGUCCACCUACACCUUAAAUACAGCAAAGGAUACACUUUAAGCAAAGAUGGACAGGAGGUCUCGCUUUCUGUCCACAGAAAGCCAAGUAAAAUAGGGCUCUAUCUAGACUGUGAGAGAGAAGAAGUGUUAUUCUAUGAUGCUGACAGGAUGUCUCUGAUUUACCUGGAGAGCUACAGAUCAAACCUGACCUGCUCAAUUAGUCUUUUUCCAGGGCUUUAUCGCAACUGA